UACAAUUUCUCAAUAUUUAGGCUACUCAUGACGCCAAAGCAUAAAGUCCACAGAAGGCAGCAAUCGGCUCAGCAGACAGGUAGAUGAUGGGAACGGGUCAGAUACUGAAGGAUUUUGCACUGAGCGGACUUGUAACGGCAAUGUUUUAGAAUAGCCUUCCAUUCGCGCCUUGGAUUAUUCUCUGUUGUAUCGAUCACUCAUUACGACUGCAUUAGAGGGAACGCUUACGGCUCGUGCAGGCUACUUCUGCUGUUCAUUUCAAUUCCUGAUCAUUACAUUAGGUUACUCAAUAAAAUCAAUCAUGGUUAUGUUCAUAAGGACAAUAUUGCUCUAUUGUUUCGUGAUUCUACACUCCAGAUCCGUUAAUUGCAUGGAGAGUGAAAGUGAACUUUGCUACCCCAUUAGACUGGAUGACAAACAAUAUGAGCCUAAUGUUUUUGACAACGGCGAGGAUAUUCUUACGGGGAUAAUUGUUCUUAAAAUACGCGCCUUCCAGCAGGAGUUAGUGCUUGAUUUGCAUCCAGAUUCUAAUUUCCUUGCCCCCACCGUCUCUGCCUCCAGUCCAGCUGCAAGCGGGGACCUGAGCAGGUGUUUUUACUCUGGUUAUGUCAACUCAGACCGGCUCUCAUACGCAGCGCUGAGUCUGUGCAAGGGCUUGCAAGGCGCAUUCGGUUUCAAAGGCUGGGAAUAUUUCAUCAAGCCUGUCCACAAUGACACCACUUCAGGAAAUACCAGGAGCGCCGAGAGCGUGCAUGUUAUCCGGCGCCGUAGCAACACUAACUUCAAUGGUAACUCGACCUCCAGGUGCGCGGUGGACACGGGUCUGAGUCCCGAGGUCGCCGCGUCUUUGGAGAAAUACAAGCACUUAUACAAAGGGCACAAUGGGACUGAAACAAUGUUGAAAGGUAUCCAAGGUAGAUCKAAGAGAUUUGCCUCCAUCCCCAGAUCCAAGAGAUUUGCCUCCAUCCCCAGAUACGUGGAGACGCUGGUUGUUGCUGAUGAGUCCAUGGCUAGUUUCCAUGGAGAUGACCUUAAACAUUACCUCUUGACCCUCAUGUCUGUGGCAGCUAGGCUCUACAAACACCCCAGUAUUCUCAACUACAUCAACAUUGUAGUUGUCAAGUUCAUUGUGCUAACUGAUGACGACAAAGGACCCAAAGUCUCAGGCAAUGCAGCAAUGACGCUGCGUAACUUUUGCACUUGGCAAAAAAAGAUGAAUAAGAAUAACGACAAGCAUCCAGAGUAUUGGGAUACUGCCAUACUGUUCACCAAGCAGGACCUGUGUGGAGCCUCCACCUGUGACACCCUGGGCAUGGCUGACGUGGGCACCAUGUGUGACCCCAAGAGAAGCUGCUCCGUGAUAGAAGAUGACGGUCUGCCCUCCGCCUUCACCACMGCUCACGAGCUUGGCCACGUGUUCAACAUGCCGCAUGACAAUGUGAAGGCGUGCGAGGAGACGUUUGGGAAGCUGAAGGACAACCACAUGAUGUCCCCUACCCUGAUCCAGAUCAACAGGACCAGCCCCUGGUCCCCCUGCAGCGCAGCCAUCAUCACUGACUUCCUGGACAGCGGACAUGGUGAGUGUCUGCUGGAUCAGCCCCUGAAGCCUCUGGCCCUGCCUGAAGUCCUCCCUGGAUCCUCCUACAGCCUGGACCGGCAGUGUGAGCUGGCCUUCGGAGAUGGCUCCAAGCCUUGCCCCUUCAUGCAGCCGCCCUGUGGUCGGCUCUGGUGUACAGGGAUGUCCCGGGGCCAGCUGGUGUGUCAGACACGUCACUUCCCCUGGGCUGAUGGAACCGCCUGUGGGGAUGGAAAGUUGUGUAUGAGGGGCGUCUGCAUGGAUAAGAUGGAUAUACACAAGACUAAGGUGGACGGGCGGUGGGGGAGGUGGGGUUCGUUUGGCUCCUGCUCCCGUACGUGUGGCGGGGGUGUCCAACUGGCCAAGAGGGAGUGUAACAACCCAGUGCCCUCCAACGGGGGCAAAUACUGCCAAGGGGUCCGGGUCAAGUACCGCUCCUGUAGCCUGAACCCCUGCUCUGACACAGGGAAAAGCUACCGCGAGGAGCAGUGUGAGGCGUUUAACGGGUUCAGCCUCAACACCAACCGMCUUACCCCCUCUGUGGUCUGGGUCCCCAAGUACUCCGGGGUCUCCCCCAAGGACAAGUGCAAGCUCAUUUGCAGGGCCAACGGCACCGGAUACUURUAUGUCCUUGCACCCAAGGUGGUGGAUGGGACCCCAUGUUCUCCAGACUCCUCAGCCGUCUGUGUCCAGGGGAAGUGUAUCAAGGCCGGUUGUGACGGCAAGCUGGGCUCCAACAAGAAGUUUGACAAGUGUGGCAUCUGUGGAGGUGACAACAAAAGCUGCAAGAAGGUGUCGGGACUCUUCACCAAACCCAUACACGGUUACAACUUUGUGGUUAUGCUUCCGGUGGGAGCAUCCAACAUAGACGUACGGCAGCGCGGCUACAAGGGCCUGGUGAGUGACGACAACUACCUGGCGGUGAAGAACAGCCAGGGCCAGUACCUGCUUAACGGGAACUACGUGGUUUCUGCCGUGGAGAGGGACAUCAUCGUGAAGGGUAGCCUGCUGAGGUACAGCGGUACGGCCGGCCUGGCAGAGACCUUGCUGGCUGUGAAGCCGCUCCGCGAGGCCCUCACUGUGGAGGUCCUGUCUGUCGGUCAAAUGACCCCUCCCCGCAUCCGCUACUCCUUCUACCUGGCCCGCGAGAGCAAGGACAAGAAGAAGGAGGAACGGGCGAGGUCACAUAAUAGUGUUCUAGCGGAGGACGUGGGCGGGGGGCAGAAGGGAGGAGAAGGAGGGGAUCUCCUGAAGAAGUCCUCAUACAGUAUUGAGGGACCCAUUCCAGGUAAGUGGUCCGCGGGAAUGUGGGACGAGUGUUCGGUGACGUGUGGGAGAGGGGUGCAAGGGAGGCUGGUGCAGUGCCUGGGGCAGGACGGCGAGCCAGGGCUGAACUGUGACUCCAUCGUGAGGCCCUCGGUCACCAGGGAGUGUGGGGACCCUUGUCCGGUGUGGGAGAUUGGGGAGUGGUCGCCCUGCUCCAGGAGUUGCGGGAAAGGCUUCAAGAGGCGGCCGCUGCGCUGUACCACACAGACGGGGCUGCAGCUGCCCCGGGACCACUGCAUUGCGGGGAAACGCAAGCCACAGGAACUGGACUUCUGUCACCUAAAGCCCUGUUAACACACCAUGAACCCUCCUUUUGUUCCCUCCUAGUCUACAGUGUUUUUCAGAAAUGCAUUUGACAAAGAAAAGACAAAACGAACAAGAAUAAACAAUCCCAAUAAUGAUCCUGAACUUUGUUUCUGGUGUAUCUGGCAUCUGCCUGCGAAAUGGGACAAAUGUGAAGGAGAUGAAGGACCCAAUGUUGUUGGAAAGACAGAGAGGCUGAGAGGGAAAUGUGCUGUAAGCUUGAGGUCAUUGGUUAGUUGGUUACCAGUAACACUUUUGAAGAGCCAAUAUUACAGAAAGAGUUGGUGCUGUUUMUUUUUUUMUUGUUCCAAUCCCAACGUAUUCUAGAUUGUAUUCUAGAAUGUCCAUAUGCCAGCAAUCCAUCCAGUUGACCUGAUGAAUCUGGAACCAAGGCACCAUCUUGUCCSUCUCUGGUGUUGCAAAGUUCAGGUUCUGUGGGACAUAGGAGAACUCUAAUUCGCUGGCGAGCCAACUGUCCACACAGCUUUCUCACCUACUUUUCCUGAAAAGCCAGACUUUGUAGGAAAAUAUAAAGAAAACAUACAGUAUGGAAAAACCAUCUGCUAACUGGACCAAGAUCCUAAUGCCCUUGUACUGCAUGAGACGAGUUUAUACUGCAAAAAUACUUAUUGUAUCCUUUACGUCCAGAGGUAGAAUAAGAAUCAAGAGAAAUGGUUGAACUAUACAGAGUAUUGUACUGAGUAUUAUUGCACCGGAUAUUACCAGUAGAUACAGUAUCAUGGUAAUUAUUCCACACCUGGUUCUAGAAUUAACAUGUUCUUAUUAGGAAUUAAUUUGGUAAGCAUAGAAUGUGAUGAUAGGAUAUCUGUUCCGUGAUCCAUGAUAAUAAUUGUUUUCCUAUUGUGUUCUGCUCCUCCACGACAUGAAAAUACGCCUACACAUUUUUUUUUUAGCAAUGACAAAAAGGGGUAGUGCAAUGGGGAUAUCAUAUCUGUUUCCCUUGUGCUCCUCUUGCAAACAACACAGAAGAGCAGAAAUAAACCUGUACUUUGGAUGCA